AUGAAGAGAUUGAAUGAGUCAUCUAAUAAUGGCACAACAUUAACACUACGAGAGACUGUUCAACCAUUCUAUUCAUCACCAAACGAUGUCUUGGAACGCUUACGUAAACUAAAGACACUGGGCGAGGACGCAGUUGGCAGGAAUGAACCAAAGUUUGCGAUAUCCUACUACGCAAUGGCACUACAGUGUUAUGAUCAACAUGAGAGCAUGCUAAACAAACUUCCAGCAUCGUUCAAACUAGACGUAGUCCUGACCAGGCACCACGCAGCAAUAAUAGCCAACAUGCUGACGGAGGAACUAUCCAAACAGGAUCGCACUCUCGAAGUGUUGGCCGCGGCCGAUUGGACAAGCAUCCUUGAUCCGGACAUGAUACUGAUGUUGGCAAGCUACAACAGGGCCCACAGUCUGGAACUUCUUGGUGACGAGAAGCAAGUGAUCGAGAAGCUCAAGUAUGGGAUGAACAUACUGGUAAAGAACAAUCAGAAGGACAAGAUCCAUGCUCAAACUGUGCUACUGAGAAGAUAUGAGGUGUUUAAUGAAGGCAACUGCACCAACAAAGAACACAUCAAAUCAAAGAUGGCGAAUGACAAGACGUUUGAGCAGUUCCCAAUCAAGAUGGUAUGGGAAACAAAGGGACAUUACGGUGGGAGGAAGAUGGUGGCAUCCAAAGACAUCCCCAAAGGCACUGUUCUUCUAAGAGUAGCUCCAUUCGCCGCAACUUUAUACGACAACAUGGUGAACUCACAUUGUUCGACCUGUUUCCAAGACCUCCAAUACUGCAAAUCACAUACUUGUCCACAGUGCAAGCUCAAGUUCUGUGAGAUGUGUCACACCGACAAAGUGAUCAAAGAUGAACAUGGCGAUACAUGCAAACUACUGUCAACAAUACCAACAACAACAAAAGCAGACCCGACCUGGACAGUGUACACUCGGUUGGUGAUCCUCUGUUUGAGGCAAGCGAUGCUAUCUAUGAAUGGCAUGGCCACCAAACAGAACACACCAUCCACUUGGCACAAGGACGGUCUGCCAUUCAUCCAUGACACAUGGACCGAUAUGAUAAAGAUAUCAUUCAGAGAGAGAGACAUUUUCAAAGUUGAUGAUGAGAAGAACUGGGUCAAAACAAUCCAGGAUCAAAUCACUCGCUUCAAAGGAGCAGAUAUCAUCAAAUCUCUGGACAAGGCACAUCCAGGCGUCACAUUGGCCCUCUUGCGAAAGCUAGCACCCAAUGUAAAGAUCCUGAAAGAUGAGAUCCUACAGUCUCAGAUUGGUGUUGGCCUAUUCCCAAGUGCAGCACUCAUCAAACACUCAUGCGUGGGCAACAGCAACUCAUACAUGGACAACUAUGGCAUGCUGGUCUAUCGCAGCAACCAGGACAUCAAGGCUGGCGACGAGAUCACCAACAGUUAUAUCGAUCCAUUACUUCCUCUGGUGGACAGGCGUGCCAUACUUAUCAAGGACUACAACAUCUACUGCCAGUGCAAGCGAUGCACCGCCAUGGAGAGCACCGAGUAUCAAUGUCCCAAGUGUAGUCAACCACUUGGCAAAGAUAACCUCAGGACUUGGGAGCCUAAUCCAUCGAUCGACUUUGAUGGACAGGUCUAUCUACUCGACUCCUCACAAUAUCAUGACUCGGUACAACCAACCGAUGAGCAACAAUUGGUUCAGGUAUCAUAUCAUGUGCGCUUACAAUCAUAUGGCGAGGAAAGAGUACAUCAAGGCACCUGA